AUGGCAGAGUUCGUGGUUGUGAAUACUCAAGCUCUCAAAGCUCUCCUUACCGGUACCCUCGCGGCUUCCAUUGAGACCUACCUUGUUAUGGCUCAGAUCGGAGACUUUUGGGAGACUUUCACAAACUUAUCACUUGCCCAAACCUCCUGCGCAAUCCUCUGCGCCUUAUACUUAUAUGUGGACGCGGCCCGGUUUAAGAACGUUAGGAAAAUACGAAUAUUGUCGUCACCGAAUUUCGAUGGUUCAGCUUUCACGUCCUACGCAAACCACUAA